UGGAAUACUUCAGCCUUGGACAGAUCCGUUGGACUGACAUCCGAAAACUGGAAUUUGUCCGUCUACUUGGGUUGGGGCUGGAUUCAAACACAUCCACGUAGCCUUUUAUAUUUGUUCGCACGAAAAGGCUUGCCAAUUUGCUCAAAUCUUGCAGGAACUUCAGGUCUCACGAAGACUUCAAUCUGAGGUUACGGAUCCUUUCACCCUACCCAAGCUUUCCUUCCUAGAUUCGCACCGGACUUCUGGUAAAUGUACGGGUGGCGCGCUUACGAUGACCAGCGAAGCAUGCCACAGCGUUCCCACCGUCGUGCCAAAGGAGUACACUCCCAAGGGAAACUAUGAGACUUUCGCGGGAUUGAAGACUUACAUUACCGGUCCUUCCACCACCAACCCCAAAAUCGGCAUCAUCGCAAUAUAUGACAUCUUCGGCAUCAGUCCGCAAACUCUCCAGGGUGCCGACCUUCUUUCGUCUGCCACCCAAUUCAAUGAUUCUGCCGUGGUCUUGGUCCCCGACUUCUUCAACGGCUCCGGCGUCCAAUUUGAUUGGAUACCGACGGACACAGAGGAAAAGAAGCUGCUUUUCGGGACUUUCAUGGCUCAGAAGGCGGGUAUCGAGAAGAGUCGCGCAGCGCUCUUGGAGGUCGUGGGCGAGUGUAAAGCCAAACUCCCGACGGUCGAGCAUUGGGGCGUUUACGGACUUUGUUGGGGUGGCAAGAUAGCUGUAUUUGUUUCAGGUUCCGAGUCUCCCUUUGAUGCUUCGGCUCAGGCCCAUCCUGCCCGCAUGGACAGAGCCGACGCUGAAAGCCUGACCAUUCCACACAUGACCCUCGCUUCCAAGGAUGAGCCGGUCGAUCUCGUCAAAGUCUACGCCGACGUUGUCAGGUCGAACGGUAUUGGUGGACAUGUCGAGACAUACAGCACCAUGUGGCAUGGCUGGAUGGGUGCGCGUGCGGACCUUGAAGGGCUUCACAGUCGAGCAGAAUUCGAGCGAGGGUACGGCGAAUUGGCGGAGUUCUUUGGAAGCUAUUUGAGAGCGACUUGA